CAGGCUCUCGGGGGUGGGCUGGCUUCAUCACGGGCGUAAGUUAGUCGCUGACGAGGGCGAAGACCGACCGACCAAACACCACCAUUGGCAUAAUCGUCUGCCACCCGAUCCGUGCCAGCCAGAGAUCGUCCCGUCGUUUCUUCAUCAAGAGAAGCUGUCAUAACCAGUCUCUCGCUUCCAUCGUUCGCCCUUCGCUUUCCAGGGACAGGUUCCUUCCGGAGAAGAAAAGAACAAACUCUGUUUCUAUCUCUUCUUUGUCUUCUUCAUCCUCCUCCUCUUCUUCAACCACAACAGGCUGUGCCUUUUAAGCGGACUUUUUUUUACCACUCGAGCCUGAGCGGUUCCAAAACGCAGGACAUCAUCAACAAAACGUCGCCCGCGCGAAUCACUUCCUCAGCCACACCGCCCGUCUCAGUUCCAACCGCCAGCCAUGCAGACCACCGGCUUCCAGUCCAUCCGGGCGCGCCUCUUGCCGCGGAGCCUCCGUGGCUCGCUUCGGCGGUCCAUGUCGUCGUCGACGACGUCCUCGCGGGCCAGCAGCACUGACGUGGCGUCGUUCACCUCGCUGGCCAGCUCGCCGGUCAGCGUCAUCAACAGCAUCGUGUUCCGCCAGAAGUCGGUUCUCGAAUCGUAUGACGAGGCGGAGCGUCCCCCGCACAUUCUCGAACCGAGGCCCAUUGCCCCCUUUGGCAGUGUAGAGCAGCGCUUGUUUAUGUGAAAGACCUCGGCGACAAGGGGGGCGGGGUAUCCUAUGGUGUCGGCCGGCCUUGGCUUCGUUAGAACCCCAAGUCGGGUUCUACCUUUUUCUAUUCUUCAACUACUGUUUUUUUGGUGACAUGUUGUUGGGGGUUCACGGGCACGAAUUGGGAAUGUGAUGGUUUAUGAACGUGGGAGGGACGCAGUUUCUGAGGUCACGAUUUUGGCAGGUAUGGCGUCUAUGCCUAGGCUUCCCGGCUGAAGCAUUGAAGGGUCUUCUUAUGUAGGGGUUCUUAUGUAUGCUACAGAACGCCACCUAAUGAAUGCUUUUGUCGUUGUUGCAGUUGCUC